UGACAUUUCACAAAACUUCAAAAAUUUCAACUUGUUUACUACUUUUUUUUUAUUUAUCUCUUAUCAAUUUAACUAGAUUAUGAAAUAACAAAUUAAACAUGCAAAGUCAAAAAUUUGUUCGAUUCUUAAAACUCAAUUCCUUCCACAAACCAACUCAAAGAUUCAACUCCAAUGACACUCACCGCCGCGUUGUAGUAACCGGCCUUGGUGCAGUGACACCACUUGGAGCAGAUGUCACAAUCUCAUGGCAAAGAAUUCUCAAUGGCGAUGCAGCCAUAACUAAUUUAGGUGAAGCCUACAAAGGUAUUCCUUGUCAGGUAGCCGCUCAAAUCAAUACAGAUGAUUUGAAACUUGAAAAUACAUUUUCCAAAAGCGAUUUGAAAAUUAUGAGUCCAGCAACAAUAUUUUCUGUUCUUGCUGCUCAAGAAGCUCUGGCUCAUGCCAAACUUCUUGAUGUAGCUGAUGAAGAAGAAAAGAACAGAACUGGUGUUUGUGUUGGCAUGGGCAUGUUCGACCUGCCAGAGGUUUACAAUGCCCAUGCUUCACUUACCAAAGGCUACAAUAGAGUUAGCCCUUAUUUCGUCCCGAGACUCUUGCCAAGUAUGGCUUGUGGCCAUAUCAGUAUGCGAUUUGGUUUGCGUGGUCCAAAUCAUUCUGUGUCGACUGCUUGUGCCACAGGGGCACAUGCCAUUGGCGAUGCUUUCCGUUUUAUAAAAUACGGAGAUGCUGAUGUCAUGGUGGCUGGAAGUGGGGAAUCUUGUAUAGAUCCUUUGGCAAUAGCUGGGUUUUGCCGGUUAAGAGCUCUAUGUACAUCAUUCAAUGAUGAUCCAAAUCGAGCUUCGAGACCAUUUGACGAAAAACGAGAUGGUUUCGUCAUGGGUGAAGGGGCUGCUAUAUUAAUAUUGGAAGAGCUCCAACAUGCCAAAGCAAGAAAUGCCACCAUCAUAGCCGAAAUACUCGGCUAUGGUUUAUCAGGUGAUGCAUAUCACAUAACAUCGCCGAGUGAAGAUGGUACUGGAGCUUAUCUUGCCAUGACUCGAGCAAUGAAAGAUGCUAGAAUUGAUCCAAAUUCAGUUGGUUAUAUUAAUGCACAUGCUACCUCAACUCCAACUGGAGAUAAAAUCGAAGCUAGAGCAAUAAAUAGGACUUUUAAAGAGCACACGAAAAAUAUUGGAGUUUCUUCAACUAAAGGAGCACAUGGUCAUCUGUUGGGUUCAUCUGGUAAUCUUGAAGGAUUGUUUGUUGUGAAGGCAUGUGAAACUGGAAUACUACCGCCAUCAAUAAAUGUUGAUAAAGUUGGCGAGGGGAUCGAUUUGAAUAUAGUUACGAAGCAAGAGAAAUGGAAUUCUGAUAAGAGAAUUGCUUUAAAGAAUUCAUUUGGAUUUGGUGGCACUAAUGCAUGCCUUUGUAUAUCUAGUUUUGUUGAAUAAAAUAUGUUUGUUUGUUUCAUGCAUUUGCAUAUGAUACGAAUUAUUAAAGUUAAUUGUUUUUAUUUUUUUUUUGUUAAGUAAUAAAAUUGUUUGUAAUAAAAGUUA